AGCAAAUUCCGUGACAUGGAAUCCACACAAAAUGAUGGGGGUCCCUCUGCAGUGCUCUGCCCUGCUUGUUCGAGAAGAGGGACUGAUGCAAAGCUGUAAUCAAAUGCAUGCUUCUUACCUCUUCCAACAAGAUAAGCACUAUGAUCUCUCUUAUGACACUGGAGACAAGGCAUUGCAAUGUGGGCGCCACGUUGACGUCUUCAAGCUAUGGCUGAUGUGGCGGGCAAAGGGCACUAUAGGAUUUGAAGCACAUAUUGACAAAUGCUUGGAACUUGCAGAAUACUUAUAUAACAAAAUUAAGAACAGAGAAGGCUAUGAAAUGGUGUUUGAUGGAAAGCCUCAACACACAAAUGUUUGCUUCUGGUACGUGCCUCCCAGUUUACGGAAUACAGAAGAUAAUGAAGAAAGAAUGAAUCGUCUUUCAAAGGUGGCACCAGUAAUUAAAGCUCGAAUGAUGGAGUACGGGACCACUAUGGUCAGCUAUCAGCCCCUGGGAGACAAGGUCAAUUUCUUCCGCAUGGUUAUCUCCAAUCCAGCAGCAGCUCACCAAGACAUCGAUUUUCUGAUUGAAGAAAUAGAACGCCUUGGGCAAGAUUUAUAA